CACCGAUCGACGGCUGAGACGUAGCUUUAUAGUCAAACGAACUGCCAUCGGGUGAACAAGUCUCGCGACGUUCAUUGUGUUGAAUAUACAUAUAUUUUUUUGUUGUGCCUUUUUUUCUUAAGUUUUUUUCUAAAACAUUUCUGCGGAUGACGAAGAGCCACAUUAAUAUGCGUUUUAGUGCGGCCCCUGAAGAUCGGCGAUCGUGAGAAGGGAAAAAGAUUGUGUGGAAGUGACCUAAGCGGUUUUGAAAAUAUCUAUUGGCAAAACGAAAACGAAUUUGUUAAAGCACAAAUAAACAAAAACGAAAUAAGCAAAGAGAAAAGUGUUGCAAAGUAGUGAAGAAAAGCAGAAUGAAUUCGCGAUGGAUUGCUCUGGUCCUAAUCGGCAUAAUCAUUUCGCUUUCUGGCCAUGAUGCACUAACCUAUCCGGAGCGCUUCGAUCGCCUGCCCACGUGGGGUGGUCAUUCCCAAAUUGGUGGGGGUGCGCUCCUGGAUCCCGCCCACCGGGAGAAUCGGGAGAACAGGGUGGACCUGUGCCGGCACUGUUUCUGCAUUCAUCUCAAGGCGAUCUGCGAUUACAAGCUGAACAAAACGCUCUCGAACGAAUUUAACGAUAAGCUAUUGGUGCCGCUGAACAUAAAAUAUAUUGAAGUGCGACUGACCGCUGGCACCCAGUUCGUGAUGUACGAGAACUUCUUCCAGGACAACCAGGUGAACUACUUUGGUGUGAUCGGAGUGGGGAAAGAUGACCAGGUGGAAAUAACCAGCAAUGCAUUUAGCCACAACAAAGGCGGCUUUCCCAACAUCGAAAUACGAAAUGUAUUGCGGGUUUUCCUGCGCGAGAAAUUCCUGACCGGUGCGGACUACAAGCUGCUGGUGGAGGAUGUUGCUCAGCUGUCCGUAUUCUCCAAUGCCCUUCAGAUGACCAAUCUGGACUGUUCCCUCAAGCGGAUCAAGGAGCUGAAUCUGAUGAAGAACGCUUUCAAUCCUGGCGUUGCCAAGUAUGGGAUAAAUCUCCGCAUCGAGGAUUCGAACAUCAAUCAGCUGGGUAUCUUCGGCGUGUCCAUGGGCAAGGUGAGCCUGUUGCGCUGCCACAUCGACAUGAUCAUGAGCAACGCCUUCGAUGUCACCAGCAUCAAGGAGCUGAUCAUAGAGGGCUGCAAUAUCGAGGUGAUCGAGUCCCAGGCGCUAACCAACAAGUUGCAUAGCGAUAAGGUGGCCAUCGUGGACACGGUGAUCGGUACGAUUGAGGGUCAGGCGAUCAGUCAGAGCGGUAUAACCACCAUGAUUAUGUUUGGCAAUACAAUCACAAAAAUACGUUCGAAUGCCAUUCAAAUAGUGGCCGUUAGUCUGUUCAUACGCAACAAUUCAAUGAGCCACGUGGAGCCCAAUUGGUUGAGUGUCAGCCAGGCCGAUCAAGUGGAGAUAGCCAAUAAUCGCUUCCAGAACUACGGACGCUGCGAGCUGAACAUUGGCUCCUCGAAUUGCAGUUUUCGCAACAAUAUACUGCAGAAUCCGCAGUCGGGUAGCCUCAAUUUCACAUGUCGCGUCCACCAGGUGCGCGUGGGCACCGAGUGUUCGUGCAACAAGUCCUGGCUAUCGGAGCUAACCGAUCACGAUCUGGAAUCGGAAAUCCUGUGCCAGCUGGCAGAGCGUGAUGGCAACUGCUUCAAUGCCACCAAUACGGAUGUCCGCCGGUAUGUCAACGAGGCAUGUGCCAGCAAUGUGACCCGUUACUGUAUGGGUGGCCAGUGGGUGACCAAGGCGGCCAGUGAUCAGGCCAGCGACUCCGGCAAAUUGACCAUCGGAAUGAUAGCCCUUGCGAUUGUAAUUUUAACACUCUUGCUCGUUACCAUUGUCUGUCUGUUGGCCAAGAACUGGGGCAGUGGAAGCGGCACCGCUGGCGGUUGCCAGUCCGCUGAUAAAUGCCUAAUCGAGGAGGACAUUCGCGACCAACUGCGCCAGCGCGCACAGGAACUAAGCGGGGGCAGUGCCACGCGCAAGGGCAUACUGAAGCUGAUCAACGGUCGUCUGAGCAAGAAGGAGUGCAACGAUCGGGUCUUCCUUAUACUGGACAACAUGCCGCAAAAAUCGCAGGCGAUCGAAAGCCUGCUGCUUAGGCACAUAUCACAGAGUCACAUGGAGGCCAGUGACAGUGAUGCUUAUGCCAGCACCGUCUUUACUGACAGUGCCAGUGCCAAUGCAACAGCACCACCACCGCCGCCCAGCGCGCCCAGUCCCAGUGCCAGUCAGGGCGGACUUGAUGAAGAGCACAUUUACCAAGUGCCCGAUCAGCAGCGACCGCUCAUCUGCGAUUACUCAUUGCCGCCGCAACAAGUCGAGCAUACGUACUCGGUGCCGGAUAAUGACAUCAAUACGAACGACAUGCCACCGGCAUAUCAAUAUGCCACGCCGAUGCGCAUCCUGGCACGCCCACAGAUGCAGCAGAAGCAGCCGUCGACGAUGGACUGUUAUGCCACCCCCGUUUGGAGGUCCACCCCAAGUGCCACGCCCACUAGUCGCCCGCCCUCGGGGUCACUGGGGGGGUCGGCCAGCGCCACAGCGCCAAUAGCUGUCAAGGAUUUGCGGCAGGGUCUGCAGAACUCCCCACAGUUCCAUCCCAACCAGCUGACCUCAACGCGCAACCAAAGACAAAUCCUGCAAGUUCUGCCGCCGCCCUACACUCAGAGGUCACAGGUCAGGGGUCAGCGGAGGCGCAGCUUCGAGUGCCUCGAUGGCGCCGCCAGCUUGGCGGCCAUGGAGCACAUGGACUCCGGCUCGGAUCACUCCGGCGGCAGUGAUGUGACCGUCCAAAUUGCCGAUGUGAUCGACUACGCGGAUGCCUAAAAGUAUGCAGAGCACCGAAAUAUAUAUAAUACCACAUAUAUAUAUAUACCUAUGAAUCUGCCACAACUGUCACACCUGCCACCCACAAAAGAAAAGUAUAGGAUGAGUGAAUGAUUAGAGAGAAACAAAAAAAUACCGAAAACACAAUGUGAUAUUCUCUGGAUAUGCGAUGAACUGAGGAGACCUACGCAUAUGUUGAUAUACCUAAUUAGCUAGGAAGAAGCGAAUAAGGAGAUAUAAACCAUAAGCUAGAUUAAGUGAAUUAAAUUUAAAUAAAUAGCCCGACCGACCAA